GAGACUAUGUGAGAGUAUGACGCCGGUUUCCGGCCUCUUUUCCGUGGUGGACUCCGGCAUAGACAGUCCUCCAGCAUGAAGCUCAACAUAUCUUUUCCUGCCACUGGCUGCCAGAAGCUCAUCGAAGUGGACGAUGAGCGCAAGCUGAGGACCUUCUAUGAGAAGCGCAUGGCCACAGAAGUUGCCGCUGACCCACUUGGCGAUGAGUGGAAGGGCUACGUGGUGCGCAUCAGUGGAGGGAACGACAAGCAGGGUUUCUCCAUGAAGCAGGGCGUUCUGACUAACGGCCGUGUGCGCCUGCUCCUCAGCAAGGGCCACUCCUGCUACAGGCCCCGCCGUACCGGCGAGCGCAAGCGCAAGUCUGUCCGCGGCUGCAUCGUCGACGCCAACCUGAGCGUGCUGAACUUGGUCAUCAUCAGGAAAGGUGAGAAGGACAUCCCCGGACUGACCGACAGCACCGUGCCUCGUCGCCUGGGCCCCAAGAGAGCCAGCAGGAUCCGCAAGCUGUUCAACUUGUCCAAGGAGGACGACGUCAGGCAGUACGUGGUGCGCAGACCUCUUACUAAAGAAGGUAAGAAGCCCAGGACUAAAGCCCCCAAGAUCCAGCGUCUGGUGACCCCUCGCGUGCUGCAGCACAAGCGCCGCCGCAUUGCCCUGAAGAGACAGCGCACGCUGAAGAACAAGGAGGAGGCCUCGGAGUACGCCAAGCUGCUCGCCAAGAGGCUGAAGGAGGCCAAAGAGAAGAAGCAGGAGAAGAUCGCCAAGAGACGCCGCCUGUCCUCCCUGAGAGCCUCCCAGUCCAAGUCAGAGUCUAGCCAGAAGUGAGACUCCCAACCAUGCACCUCGAUAAAUAAAACAUCACAGUUUUGUUCAA